AGAAUAUUUCUUGUGCGUUUCAAAGAAAGGUUGCCAAGCAAUACGACGUCUGCGUGUGAGAGAGUUCUUGCAAAACAAUACAACUGCAAUUCGAAGGAAAAAACUUGUUUCAUCUUCGACCGUUUGGUCGUCGUGGCUGUCUUUGUGUGUCGGGCUCUGUCUGCUUUUUGCGGCUGACAGCGCACGACUGACUCUGCCACCAGUUUGAAAAAACCUGUCGUUUUAUUGCGGCAUCUUCGGGAGAAAUUUCCGUAGGACGAGCAGCCAUGACGACGGUGGCCGUGCCCGAGCUGGAUGUGGAGGAGAGCUCGGCCCUUUCCGGCGAGGACAACGAGUUGGACGCCAUUCCGAGCUAUGAAAUGCAAAAAUGUCUGGGUCUGGAAACUUGUGAUGCUAAAAUGUGCAUGAUGAAGACUUUCUGAAUGCAGUCCGGCAUGACAACUUCCCAAAACGCUUUCUCAUAGGCAAUCCGCAUGAGAAACUGCGUUUUUGCAUGACAAAAAGGACUGCGACUUUUGUUGGUUAUGCAAUACAGAUUUUCUAGGUAUGGAAAGCUAGCAUUACAAGUUCCAACCUUCCAGACCCAGACCCAGAUCGUUUUUACAAUCCAUACGAGCAGUUUUUUCGACGCGAUCAAUGCCGCUAGCCACAUGGAUUUCGGUCUGCCGAGCGAGCAGGGGCCUCCGACUUCCUCCGAUCAUGGCAUGUUUGUCGACAAGCCCGCGGGAACCCACCAUGGGAUGCUGAACCACGCCAGUCACAGCCAUCCAGGCCCGCCCUCGACCGCGGCAUCCGGGCGGACGUUCAGCACCUCCAACGGCGGUUCGGUGACCACCGGCGCGACCAGUUUUGCGGGCACCUGGGCGCCCGGGGGCGCGGGUCCGGCCGGCGUGCCGCACCCGGGUAGUGGUGUUCCGCCGGGGACAAACAGUCAUCAUGUCGGACCAGCACAUCAGGACCCGGCGCAGCAUCAUCGUGGUCCUCAGGGUGGUCCACCUCCUCCGGCUGACAAUUACUACUACCAGCAGGUGGAACACCCCACGGCGCACCCGCACGGUAAUCUGGAUCCCCACCAUCCGGACAACUACGGGCACGAGCAGAACUCGUUUCACAACAUGCAGAACAGCGGGUAUCACGUGAUGAGCGCGGAUGUUUCCGCGAUCCACGACACCAGCCGGGACCACUUGGAAAUGUUUGACAACCAGGACAACUUCCAAGACUUUUCCAUCCUGUCCGGCCCGGAGCACGCGCCGCCGAUGAAAGGGGGCGCGCCUCCGCCGUACUACGGCCCGCCGCACCACGGCUCGACGUACAAGGGCGGUGUGAUUCGUCAAGGAAAGUAUGGUAAGUACAAAAAGGCGGGCAGCUUGAUCAAUCCCGGGAAGGGCGGCAAUAGUGCGGUGCCCUAUCAACAAUAUCCCGGAGGAGGGAAGCAGUCGAUGAACAAGAAGGGCGCGUUCCAGUACGAAGAAGAGUAUGGCGGAGCUGCACCUCCAGGUGGUCAUUACAAGGGCGGCAUGAAAGGAGCUUUUCCUCCAAAAGGAUCGUACAAGGACAAAAAUAGCGGCGUGUACAAGGGCGCCGGUGGUGGGCAUUAUUACCACCAGGACUGGAGCUACAGCAAGGACAGCGGCAAAGGCGAUCUGAUGCAGGACCAACAGAAUUUCGAUCACUACGGGAGCAGCAAACACGGAAAGAAGGGGGCUGCCGUCCACCAGCACCAGUACUACAAGGGAGCGGAUAUCUACACCGGUGCGGAUCAGCCGAGGUACGGGAAACAAGCGUAUUUGGACCCCUACGACCCGCAAAUCAACUACGGAUCGGCGGCGUACGCACGGUCGCCGGACGACGAGUCUCAGCUGGAAGGGGGAUCGGAAAACGUCCCGGAAUGGGACAGCUCGGGGCACAUUCGCGACGACCACUCGCCCGACUACACCGCCCGGGGGUCCUCGUCCCUGCGGCCGCCGGCGCCCCCCACCCCGAGCGAACGGACAGCCGGCGGGAAGAUGGGGAAGGAUUCGAAGAUGGAAAGUCUGCUCGGCGACCUGCUCCGCACCUACUCGGGCACGAAGACGAACGCGAAACUGACGCUGGAGAACUUCGGGCACUUCCAGCAAAUGCAGAGCCAGAACGGCCAGCAGAGCAAGAACUGGUGGACCGGCAUCAAGUCCGCGCGCGUCCGCGCGGCCUACCGGGACCAGACCAGCGGCGCGAAGGGCCGGGGCAAGUGGGGCAAGGACGGAAAGCCCACCGCCAACCCGCGCCAGCCGUCGCUCGCGGGCAAGCAGCUCAACUCCGGGCUGCUGUGCUUCUGCGUCACCACUGCGCCGGCGCUGCCGAAGGGGGGAAGCACUUCUGCAGGAGCUCUGGGACCGACAAAAAGCACGGACGAAACGAUAACCGCAGCUGCUGGUAGUGCAACCAGCACGACUGCUCCCCCUCCGGAGCGCGACCCGCGGAUGUCGACCCAGUUGACGACGACCGAUGAGCCGGACACGACGGUGUACAUCCUCACGCGCGACGAGAUUUCGAUCAUGUCGGACGCGCUGCAGAGUCUGUACGACGACCGGAUUUUCCCGGGGGAAAAGGUGCUGAAGGCCCGCCUGCAGCAGUAUGGGGCGCGCGAGAUGCUGCUGGGCCAGUUCUUGACGUUUUACGACGCCAUGCCGGGGUACAUCGUGCAGUGGGAGAAGGACGAGACCGAGGAGGACGACAGUGCGGAGAAGCCCGACUACUACAACGUCGACGAGUGCCCCAACGUGCAGUUUACCCGCGUGUCGCUGGGGUUCCGGGGCUGGAUCGACCCCAACUCUCCCGAGGAGUCGUACCCGGACGAGCUGUGGCCGGCGCUGACCGAGUACCUGGAGAAGCGCUUGAAGGAAAUGCCGGGCGACAUCUGUUUCCACCGCGGCCGCUACGGCAUGGCGCAGGAGCUGCAGAACCGCACUCUGGACUUUCUUCAGGGGUACACCAUCGGCGAAACCUGCCACAUCGUCGAGCGCGCCAUCCAGCGCAAGGUGCUGGCGUACGAGAACUCGAUGCUGCUUCCGGUGUCCGCCUGCUGCUCCUUCAAGAACGCCCUCGUCGGGGCGCCCAACGCGAUCUCCUACCCCGGGCCGCUUCUCGGUGGCGGGGACCAUGCGGGGGCCGAGGGAGGUGGUGAUGUUUCGAACGCCGACGGCACGCUUGCGGGCGCCGCCGGUGCCGCGCAUUGCGAGAACCCGGACAUGUACGUGCAAACCAUGGCCGAGCUGCAGCGGUACAUCAGCGUCCUGCUCGAGGCGUCGCCGACCGGAUUCAACUUGUCCGUGGUGAAAAUCAAGAUUCGGUCGGUCUUCCAGAAGAUUCUGUCCGAAACCGUGUUCCACGAGACGAAGCUGCUCGAUCUGAUGCGGCGCCCGGAUCUGCAGAAGGUGUGCCGGAUCGUGAAGCUGAACAAAGGGUACUGGAUCGAGCGGGUGCCGCUCGCGGAGCAGGCGGCCCACGACGCUGAACGGGAACAGGGUAGUUGUACACGAUUGUCUGCAGAGGAACCAACGUCGACGACCCAAAGUGCGGGGGCUGGCGGGGGCGCGGCCAGUUGUGCGGACAAGGCCGAGGAGGAGAGCGAGGAUAUUAGUGAGCCCACGAGCAGUCAGGAGCUGUACAACAACUUUUUGCAGAUGGAACAGAUUCCGAUGGAGCACACCGAGACCGCGCGCGAGGAGGAAGAGUUCCUGGAGGCGGAAGAGUUCCACGAGUAAAUGGGCUAGGUAUUAGCGACGGAAUUGGGAAGGUCAUCUGAAAAUUUCGCUAUUGUUUGUCGCUGUGAUUUUGUUCAUCGUACCAUGAAGUUUCGAUGCCGACGUACGGAGCAGGAGUCUUAGCAAAAGGAAAAACUAAUUAAAGUAGUUGUAAUAUCAGACGAGCUCCUAUACCUAUGAUAGUUUGGAAGAAAGCAUUAAAAGAGUUGCAUCAAGAAAGUCGGAGAAUAGUUUUUGACUACUUCAAAAGUUGUAUUUUCUAUACGAUCUUCGUAUCGUUUGAUCGAGAAAGUAAGUGAUAAGUUCUCGCUUGUCGUUUGGUUUCAAAGCAAGCCAAAUUAUCUGCGGAACUUAAACUCUACGCUGUACCACCACAACGGGGAAGAGCUGAUAAAUUUUGGAACUAGAUGAAAACUUUUUUUCAACAACAGCAAUCGAGGCAGCCUCCUAUCGUAGCAUUAAUAUGCACUAAGCACCCAGUGCGCCGUAUAACCAUAGACGGUUGCUGCUAGUACUUGAUACAGAAGAUCUAUCGAUCAUUUAUGGUUUCACUACAUCAUCAAAUACACGAUUACUUGCAAAAGUAACUUCACUGUGCAUCUUGACUUUUCACCGCCAACGGCAGAAUUUCUGCGACAAAGAAAUUUGAGGUGUUGUGUUUUGCCGACACAAGCAAAUUGUUUCCAAGCAAGUAUUAAUUAGCCUUUCCCGUUUUCUUUUCCGAAUUUGAUUCAGUACUAAACGAUGAACUCAAGGAAGCACCUUUUAGUACUGAAAUUGCAGCACCACGAGCCUCGUCCAGGGCUAGAGAAAUGUACCAUGGUUUUGGGAUGAAUAGGAAGGAAGUGCUGCGUUAUUUUGACAGUACGAAGAAUUUGCUGCGGAAAGGGGCUUCAAAGGAAGCCCUUCGCAACAGAGAGAGCUUGCAAAAAUCACCUGUGUCGUUUUAGCGGAAGAUCCUCGCUAGC